GGCACGACUGUGCAAUUCAAUUAAACUCUUGGAUACAUUUUAUUACAUGAUAAUUGGAAACACCAUUCAAUCGACUUUCUUAUUUUCAUGUCCAAUUGACCAAAUCAGGUACAGACAUACAUAGGCGUGCGGGAACGCUUGCUCCUUUCGGUUACUCCUACUCUGGGAUAUAUGUCUAUGGACCAACCUGAACCUUAAAACACGUCCCUUUCGAUAUACAACUUCCUCGAACUCAUCACCCCAGCCCUCCUUUUUUCUCUUUCUGCCGUCGUAGCUACAAUACAAUGUCGGACGAAAGGAAAGGCGUGUCUCUGAGGACCAAGAGGAAGGGCCGUCCAGCAAUAAGUGCUCCCAAACAGAUAUCUGGUCCAAUUCCACAAACCGGAGGGGAUGCUUCACGAAGUACAGGGCAGCCAUCCUUCAAUGCCCCGCCCGCGCAACGUCCUCAGCCUGGCGGAAAGACAUCUGACUUAGUGAAACGUCGAUACUCUACUCGAUUUAAUAAUCUUCCCUCUGACUUCGACCCUUCCGCUCCUCCUCUCCCAUCUGUUCCCAAUUUACCAGCUCAGUAUGCUCCAGCAAAUGACCGUUCACGAGGUCCCUCGCCGGCGAGAGGACCUGGUUUGGUAGUAGACCAGAGAGCUCUGCGCGAUCCCAAUUUGAGGCCAGAUGUGUACGUAGCGGGACUACUAAGUGAUGCGUCAGAACAAGAUAUUGAGGACUACCAAACGAAUUUAAGAAAGAUGAAGAAUCGUACUUCGACGGAUUUACAACAAAACGUGUAUCAAAAUCGAACACAGUUCAUCAAGAUUAGUAAGGAGGCAGAAAAGCUGAAAGGGGAGAUGCGCGCACUCCGAAAUCUGAUGGCGGAACUCAAAACCAAUACCACUGCGCUCAGAACUACCUCUUCACAAGGUCCGUCCUCGUCGACUGAUUUCGACGGCUUCCCACCAACUUUGAGCAAAAGGGACAAGCGAAGUUCUGUGGCAGACCGAACUGCCAUGUGGAACUCGCAGCUUCAAGCUCUAUGGAAAACUAUUGAGGGUUCCCAAAAAUUCCUACCUGCGGCCCCUGGUCGUCACGUGGUACAAAAUGCCGGGCUAUGGAUAGAGCUUGAUAACGCUACCUGGAAAUCUCGAAGAGCCAUGCAGAUUGUGUUGUUGAAUGAUCAUCUUCUAGUUGCAUCAAGAAAAAAGCGAAAAGUCGAAGGCACUGAUCAACGACAAGCUCCAUCAAAGUUGGUUGCAGAUAGAUGCUGGCCACUGUUAGACAUCGAAAUUGUUGACCUUGCAGGGACGAGUGAAGGGACUAGUGUGCGUAAUAAGUUGGCUGAUGCGAUCAUGAUUAGAGGUGUAGGUCAGGAAUCUUUCACCUAUCGAACAGAAAAACCAGGCGACACGGAAAAGUCCUCCCUUAUGAUGAACUUUCGAAAGGCAGUAGAAGAGCUUCAUAAGGGCCUGCGAUCGGAAAUGGAAACGAGCAACAAGGCUAAAGAAACGAUCAAUUACUUUGCUUCUCGUGACCCAGGAUUGUUAAAAAAGACAGAUUUACUUGAAACUCUUUCGGAUAUCAAAGAUAUGCUUAUCGAAGUUGAUGGCAAGCAGCAAAAUCUGCGGUGGGUGGAAAGUCAGGUUGAUGAGUUGGAUAUCGAGAUCGCACUGCAGCAUUUUGACAUGGCAGUCCAACGAGUUGCAAAACUAAAUACCUUAGCCAAGAGUCUUAAAAGCAACAUCGUCGCUCAGGAUUUCAUUAGUUUUAAAGCGGAUGAAAGAGCCACCAGACUUGCAGAACUUAUCACCCGUGAACUUGUUGAUACACAUAAUGAGCCGAAAAAAGUCAGACGCAAUAUCAGCUGGUUGACCAGCCUUGGCUUCGAGGAUCGGGCAAGAGAAGCGUAUCUUGAGGCUCGGGGGGGUAUCAUUCAUAAGAGAUCAAGACAAUGUAUAUUCGAAGGUAACCUUCACCAAUAUAUCUGGGAGGUAUCAUUCGUGUACUUCACAAUAAUACGGAAUACUGUGUCAACGUUUCAAGCCUGCUUUCCACAGCCUCUUAUGAGCGCAUGUGUCAAAUGGGCCAAAGAGCAGGUCGAUGCGUUCAAUGUUAUUCUUGCACGACAGCUUAGCAGCACCGAGAAGAAUGGUCAAGUGUGGACGGAAUGUAUGGACCAGGCGAGAGAGCAUGCAAAGAUGCUCUCCGAAGUUGCUUUAGACUUCAGCAGCCUCAUUGGUUCAACCCCGAUAGAUGUUCUCAAUGGACCCAGAGGCGUAGGGUUAGGCUUGGCGUGAUGCUGUAUCAAAUGGGGAGAUUGGUAUACAUAUCAAACCCAAACUUAAAACUUGACCAAGGAUAUCCUAAAAAACGUUCAAGAAAUACUACCUACGUAGGUGUCUAUCUACACUCUUACAACAAUUCAGUAAUUGGAUUUAUGAAAUUAAUUAGAUUUUCACAUCCCUUUCGCCGUGGCUAACACUUAAUCUUGCUUCCGUAAUUCAUUAAUAAAUAAAGUUGAGAAAGUAAAGCUAAUGAAUAUGACA